AUGGAAGGCAGAACAAUCAAUGUUGAAGCCGGAGACCUGUACCCUGGAGAGCCUUUUUGGCGCGACAAAUACGAAUGGUUGCUCAGCUGUGGUUACAAGCUACGAGAUCGGUACAAACCCGACUGGGUGCCUUCAUGGAGGGGCAAGAGCGACGUUUACUAUUAUGACCAGGAGGACUCAUUCCCAUUCCUGGAUACUCGCGCUGCGGACGCUGUUCGUGUUUCCGAUGGCACUCCCGUUGCCUUGAAGCGCGUAUACCCAGACGUGAAUCCGCAUGAAGAAGCUGUUAUCAUCAAGCUCGGGAGUGAGCCACUUGCCUCUGACUCUCGCAACCAUUGUGUUCCGAUAUACGAGAUACUGGAUGUUCCCGGCGAGAAUUACCGGUUAAUAGUCAUGCCUCUGCUUCGCAAAUACGCAAACCCCGAGUUCGAUACCAUCGGUGAAGUCGUAAGCUGUAUUCAACAGAUCUUCGAGGCAUGUUGCUCAUGUCGGACGUGUUGUCACCAGGGAUUGCAUUUCAUGCAUGCUCAUCGUAUUGCUCAUCGAGAUUGCACUGCCAAUAACAUUAUGCUCGAUCCGAGGAACAUGUAUCCCGACGGAUUCCAUCCGGCGGAACCCUCGAAAGCCAAAGACCUGAAAGAACCUGCUCAGUAUUUUACUCGAACUCAGCGUCCAUCGAAGUAUUACCUCAUAGACUUUGGCUUAUCAAUGCUGUUUCCUCCCGAAGGGCCCGCCACAGCCAUCCCUACUAUGGGAGGAGACAGGUCCGUUCCCGAGUUCGCCGCAGACUACGAUGCCCCGUACGACCCUUUCCCUGUCGACGUGUAUUACCUCGGCAACUGGGUUAGGAAGUAUAUCAUCCAGGUUGGCAUUAUGUUCUCCGUCAAAUACCACGGAUUCGAGUUCUUGUCAGGUCUCAUGGACGACAUGACGGUUGACGACCCGAGCAAACGACCGACGAUGGAACAGGUCAUGGAGCGGCUUGACAAGAUUAUUAAAUCCGCAUGGUCCUGGAAACUGCGUUCGCGGGUCGCUGCUCGAGACGAACAUCCCAUCCUGGGCUUGUAUCGCGCUAUAGGCCACUGGAAACGGCGCGUGGUCUUCAUCUAUACCCGAACUCCGGCCAUCCCGACACCAUCGCCUAUCCCUCCUACACACGUGCAGCGUAGAUCAGCGGCCCCGGCGAGCACCAGUCAACCCUCUGUUCCAGCAGAACCCGACCCCCAGGCAGAGAUCAUUACGCCUCCGCCGGAUGCCACGUAG